CUGGGUAGCGUUCUCACGUUUCUUUAAUACUUCUUUCUCUGAUUAAACACCUCUCUCCCCUUAGCCGACACAAGUUGGAAGAGCAGAGAGUGAUUCGAAUAAUUGGCACAGAGGUUUCAUUGAUGGCCCUUGAAGAAGUUCCGAGCAAGGCAUUCACCGGCAUCCACGAGGAUAGCUAGGGCUAGCCCAGCUUCUGGCCCUGCUUCAGAUGGCCAGAGCCCUUUGCUCUCCGACCUGAAGCCGCAGGAGGUGUUGUGGAAGAGAUGGCACUGUCCAAGUCCUGGACCAACAUAGCGUCGCUGGGCACGCAGGUCUGAUACCCCCUGUGGCUCAGAGGUCUUAAGUUACAGCCACCAUGAUGGAUGAUGACACUGAGUUGAGGACUGAUGGAAACUCUCUCUUAAAAGCCGUGUGGCUUGGGAGGCUUCGGCUGACCAGACUCCUUUUGGAAGGGGGAGCUUACAUCAAUGAAAGCAAUGACAAAGGUGAAACGGCUCUCAUGGUGGCCUGUAUUACCAAACAUGUGGACCAGCAAAGCAUUAGCAAGUCUAAGAUGGUGAAGUAUCUGUUGGACAAUAGGGCAGACCCCAAUAUUCAAGAUAAGUCUGGCAAGACUGCACUCAUCCAUGCUUGCAUCAGACGGGCCGGGGGAGAAGUGGUGUCCUUACUGCUAGAGAAUGGAGCAGAUCCCAGCCUUGAGGAUCGAACUGGGGCUUCGGCUCUGGUUUAUGCAAUAAAUGCAGAUGACAAGGACGCACUGAAGCAUCUCCUUGAUGCCUGCAAAGCCAAAGGUAAGGAAGUGAUUAUUAUAACAACAGACAAAUCAUCUUCCGGCACCAAAACCACCAAGCAGUAUCUGAAUGUCCCUCCUUCACCCAAAGUGGAAGAUAGACAGUCGCCACCACUGUGUGCGUCUCCUUCUGACAUUGAACUGAAGGCUCCUGGCCUGGGCUCUCCACCCACUGAGAAGGAUGAUGACUUCUUCACCCUCCAUACAGGACACCAAAGUGGCUGUAGUACUUCUAAGGUCCUUAAUGAGCCUGGAUCACCCACAAGGAAAGUGUCUAGUCUCAAAAGGGCCCGUUUGCCCCAACUGAAGAGGCUCCAGUCUGAACCCUGGGGCUUGAUAGCUCCCUCUGUGCUGGCAGCCUCCACACGCCAGGAUGAAACCCACGGUACAAGCACAGACAAUGAGGUUAUCCGGAACAUCAAUGACAUGUCCUUCCCUAAAAGAGGGCCCCUCUCCAGAGCCAACAGCAUUGACAGUAAAGACCCUACUCUCUUCCCCACAGUCCAGGAACAAGUUUUGAAGGUUCCAGCUUCAGCACCAGCUUCCUGGAAAGCAGCUUACGAGAAAGGCCAGGCUUCCCACCCACGUAUGGCCAGGAGAGGAACGCUUCCUGUUGACCAAGAGAAGGGUGGGAUGUGUCCACCAGGAUCCUCAGCUCUGAAAGAUCCAGCAUCUCUCAAGCUGUUGGAAAAUGACCUCUAUGACUUAGAUGUACAGUCAGGGGCUGACCCACCCAACUCCAUGUCCCUUGAGUCAGGCAAAGGACCUUUAGAUAGAAAGAAGCUCAACAGUUCUCACUUGUCCCUUUUCCAUGGCUCUCGGGAGUCCCUGGAUGCUGUACCCAGCACAUCUCCCAGCUCAGUGCGCCGCAGGCCACCUCAUCUUCUAGAAAGAAGAGGUUCUGGAACUCUCUUGCUAGACCGCAUUGCUCACACGAGGCCUGGCUUUCUGCCCCCUUUAAAUGUGAAUUUAAACCCACCUAUCCCGGAUAUUAGAGCCAACAGCAAGCCAGCUUCCCCACUUGCUAGUGGCUUAAAAUCUAUGGUUCCCGUUGCUCCAAAUUCACCAAAGAGAGUUGACUUGAGAAGUAAAAAGAAACUCCUUCGAAGGCAUUCUAUGCAGAUCGAACAGAUGAAGCAGCUGUCUGACUUUGAAGAGAUCAUGACCUAGGCCCCAUUUAAAACAGUUCCUGCCUCCAUCUCUAAUCUGUAGAACAAGAAAGGAAUCAAGUCUAAGCAAUGAAGUUCCACAGCCCCUUUUCACCCUGGUCAUGGCAUGUGGCAACAUCAGAAAACAUGGUGACAGAGUGUAGCUUCACUUUUCAGACAAACCCAAGGGUUAUUUCAGAGCGCCACUUCUGAGAUAACACCUGGGUGGUGUUGCUGCUGCUGCUGUUGUUUUGCAUUCUCAAAAGAGCUCAGGUUAAUUGGAUUUUGGAGAAGUAACAGGAAUAAAAAAUAUUCUCCUAAGGAAAUACACCAUUGUAGUUGGAAAGGAACCAUGCAAGGGUAAGGGUUGGUAUUUUUCUGCCAGAAAAGCAGAGAACAUAAUUUUAAAAUGUGAGAUUGUAUCUGGACUAUGUCAUUUGUAAUCUGUAAAGUGCCUAAAAAGAAAAGGAAGCUUUCAAAAUUUUCCUGGAAUGUGGAAAAACUAAAAAACACCUCCAAACUGCUAUAUCUGAACACCUUCUCUAGAGUGAAGGAGAAGCAAAGUGUUCCUGCAUAGAGGAGGUUUUGGCAUGUGGGUCUCUCCUCUUGCUGUGGUGUGAGCAUUGUCAAGAAGAGUAGGGACCAUUCAGAUUCCCUACUAAUAUAUUUUGUUGGAAUACUAAAUCCCUAAAUAUCACAUCUCUGUGGGUCUGCUCUGGUGUGCCACAGUAGCAGGUGACUCAGUGAUGAGCCUACUUCUAGAAAAGA